CUUUCUAUAUUUUACCCGAGUCCUCUAUUUCUUUUUAUCAUACUACUCCUCUCUGAAACUAAACUGCCAUAUGUUAUUAAACUUUAUUUUAUGUAAAAAAAGUUUCCAAUUUAAUACUUCAAAUUUUCAGCAAAAACGUCAGCUAUCCAAUUAGAAUUGCAUAAUCCCAAAUUUUGAUCCCAUCCCCGAUUUUAUUAAAAUCUAAUAAUCGAAACAAUACACAAUUCCCCUCUUUGCUUGCUUCCCAAGGAUUACAAUAUUAUCAUGCUUAUAUAUAUAGCAGGGGUCAGGGGAACUGAACAUUAAGCCACGAAAGGUAUACGUACUGUCGUAGAAAUUUCAUAGUCAUUGCGAUUCCUUCGUUUUAAAGGUCAAAUUGAUUGUGUGGAAGGUUUUGGAAUUAGUUUGGUUAUGUCAUCGUCGUCUAAUUUGAGGAGAAGGCUUCAUCAUGGGGAUGUUGAUGGAAGGAAGCGUGAGCUCUACGAUACGUCGGACUUUGGAAGUUUAGGGGAACCGUUGCUCGGGAAUGAUCGUGAGUAUGGUGAUAGACAUCGGGAGCAAUAUUCUUUGGAAGAGCUUCUGGAUGAUCCAGGGAGGAAGGUUCAACUCCAUUGGUCGUUUAUAUUUUCUCAACUGCUUGCGCAGUGGGCCCAAUGGCUAGCAAAUAUUGUUCUUGGUUCGAGGUCACUCUUUGGACGCUUUACGAAUCCUGCAUUACCAUCACAGACACGACUCCAUGUGCCAGCUCUUACCUCUUUACAGGAAGAAAGACUCAGACAGCUGCAGAGCAGGCUGAAAGUUCCUUUUGAUGGAAGCCGGAUAGAGCAUCAGGAUGCUCUUAAGCAGUUGUGGAGGUUGGCUUUUCCUAAUAGGGCGCUCCCACCUCUUAAAUCAGAGCUUUGGAAGGAAAUGGGCUGGCAAGGUACCGAUCCCUCAACAGAUUUUAGGGGUGGAGGAUUUAUAUCACUUGAGAAUCUCAUAUAUUACGCCGAGAAAUAUCCGGAGUCUUUCCAGUGUUUAUUGCUUAAGCAAGAUGGGCAGAGGGCUGAGUGGGAAUAUCCCUUUGCUGUAGCUGGCAUCAAUAUUUCGUUCAUGUUGGCACAAAUGCUGGAUCUUCAAUCUGGAAAACCAACUUCCAGAGCAGCAGUGCGGUUUCUAGAUUUACUCGCAGAUGAUGAAAUGGCAUUUGACAAUUUGUACUGUGUAGCCUUUCAAAUGAUGGACGCACAAUGGCUUGCAAAGGGAGCAUCAUAUAUGGAGUUUAAUGAUGUUCUAAAAUCUACAAGAGCUCAAUUAGAACGGGAACUCGAGUUGGAAGACAUCUCCAGUAUAAAAGAUUUGCCUGCCUACAAUAUGCUGAGAAGAUAAAUAUAUUUUUUCGAGAUUUAUGUAAACUGUCAAUAGCAAAUUAGCAAUUUCUAUCAAGAAUUGGAUUAUGCAUAAAGAUGUACAAUGUUUUAAGUUAACAAUUCAAAUCUUUCUUUUAUGCGAAAGUGAUCGUGAUAGUGAUACUGAUAUGUAUGCAUACUGUAAAAAAUACUUAAAAUUGUUGAAUCCUAGAAUCCCUUGUUCAAACUUCAAGUAAGAAAAAAUACUUGAAAUGUUGAAUCA